CUACCACCUCCCGCUACUCUUAUCUUCAUCCACCUCCCACACUGUACCGGCCUAUAUAAACAUGGAACAGAAGAACAGCUUCGAGCCCAUACCCUCCCCUGCGCAGGGUGUUGGGCCCUGCUAUAGACCGGAGGACGAAAAGCCCACAGCAACAGUUUCUAAGGAUAUAUCAUAUGAGAAUGUCCAUGUCUUACCCCAGACCCCUCAAUUGAUUGCCCUUUUGACCAUGAUCAGAGACAAGAAAACCAGCCGCGCCGACUUUAUUUUCUAUUCCAACAGAAUAAUCCGGCUCCUGGUUGAGGAAGGACUUAACCAUCUACCAGUUGUUAAACAAUCUGUUACUACACCAGUAGGUCGCGUUUACCUUGGAGUCAGAUUUGAGGGAAAGAUAUGUGGUGUCUCUAUAAUGAGAGCAGGGGAAGCCAUGGAGCAAGGAUUAAGGGACUGCUGUCGAUCUGUUCGCAUCGGAAAGAUCUUAAUCCAAAGGGACGAGGAGACCUGCAAACCGAAACUCUUUUAUGAGAAGCUCCCGGCGGAUAUUAGCAACCGAUGGGUACUCCUUCUGGACCCAAUGUUCGCAACCGGCGGCUCUGCAACACUUGCAGUGGAGGUUCUCAAAGCGAAGGGUGUUCCGGAAGACCGCAUCCUCUUUCUCAACCUUAUCGCAAGUCCAUCGGGGGUUGCAGAUUUCGCAGAACGUUUUCCUAAGCUUAGGGUAGUAACUGCAUUCAUAGACCAGGGCUUGGACGAUAAGAAAUACAUUAUUCCUGGACUGGGUGAUUUCGGUGAUAGAUAUUAUACACUAUAAAUCAAUUCUCCGUAAACUCAAGAGGUUAUGUCCAUGUGAACCUCGUG